AUGCAGAACGAUACCUUCAAACGCUUUAGUAAGGACCUGCAAGAGGCGUUGGUCGUACCUGUCAAUUAUCUUAACAAAAAGACAAAGAAGCCAGUAACGAUUGGUAAUGGCGAAGAUCAGGGCAUAAUCGGCAAGAAAAAGCCCUCGGGUUUGCCGGCGCUAACUAUAGGGACGCCUAACAGUUUGAAGGAUUAUAGCGGCAGCAGCGAUCGCUUUUCUUCCAAAAGCCGAUCAAACUCUGCCUCUGAUUGUGUUUCGCUUCACAACUUCUCACUCUCUACUAUCAGUAAAACCUCAUAUGAUGAUAAUCAUUCGUUUACCUCCUCAAACGGCAGUAAUCUUGGAUUAGCAGGAUGUAGUCAACAACAAUUUCAAUCUCAAUCUCUUGGCAGACGUAGCCGCGCAAGCAGUUUUCUCAGAAGCCCAUUGAGCCCUGGGGUAUUUGGGAGUAACCAUGGAGUAGGUGGAGGUGGUAGUCAUGGUCGUAUUUUCCCAGACUUGAGUGAAGAGCCUGCACUGGUCCAUUGCCCUGUGUCAGUCGCUUCUAUAGACCAGUUCUCACCGGAUAGGCAAGUAUGGGUGAGAGACUGUUUGAACCAAGGGAAUAACAAGAGAUCUGCAUCUACACAACAACUGCGACUUUCACAAUUCAACAACGUACUCAAGUCAGGGAGAGCUUGGGAUACAAUGGAGGGACAUCUUAUUCAUAGCAGAGAUGACCUCAUAACAUCUAGGCUGAGUUUUGCAAAGACAGGAUACAACAAUCUCAACGAAGCUACUGGCCUUGUUCUUGUCAAGCUGAUGCAGGUCUCCAACAGAGCGAGCUCAAAGAUCCAUGACAUCGAGUGCAUUCUGCGAAUCGGCAGUGUGGAGCGUAUGUCUCACCCUUCAAGGUCUUUUAAAGAUAGCCCAGGCAACACUGCUACCAUGAACGAAGUCUUCUUAUUUGAUGUAGAUAAGCCAUUCCAACUCGAGCUUGAGGUGAAGGGUACACCUGUGGCGACUAAAUUCGGCACAAUGGCUGGAUUCUCCAGCACACAAACCGUGCAUCUUGGCCGGCUAACUUUAUCUCUUCCUUUGGAGUCCAUGGAGAAAUCCAUCCGAACCUACAAAUUGCAACGUGUGGUCUCUACGGAGGGCAGCCAACCUACUGGAAUCAAGGUUCACUACAAGGAAAAAGCCGAUUAUGAGAUAGUGAUCAUGAUUGGUGUUCAUGUCUUACAAGAGCCGAUCGAAGAUAGGAGAUGGGAGACUGAUUGUCUCUACGAAGGUGACUUGACUGUCAUGACCAGGGGGUCGCGCAUGGGUUCUUGGAAGAGAUAUUGGGCGGUUCUUCAAGGAAGCGCGUUUAAGCUCUAUGAUGCGGAGUAUCAGUUGAAACGCGAUCCUAUUGCUGUGAUUCGAUUGGCCCAUAUACUGGACGUGCAACCUCCUGAUUAUGACAAGGUCGAUGUGAGCUCCAACUGUUUCUCAUUGAUAAUCGCUUCAGACGGCGUGAACAUGUCGAAUGCUUCUGAAUUUGAUUUGACAGAUAUGGAUUACAAGCUUUAUGCGUUCACGGACUCUGCCUUUUUAUAUGAUGAAUGGAUCGUACGUUUCGAAGGCGCAUUGGAUCAAUAUAGGGAAAAUAUUCAAAGGAGAAAUGAAGUAAUGUCAGCCAAGAGAGACCGUCGUCGGAGAAGCAUGAUUGGAGUUACAUAUCCAUCAAUGGAUCAGAUCUGUACAAAUGCUAACUUGAAGCAAUAUGCCAAUAUCAAUGCCAAGAAAUUUCCUGUCGGAAAUUCAACUCUCAAAGCCAAGGUCACUGAACUAGAACGACACUUGACUGGGUUAAAAGAAGGGUUAUUCCUAGAAUAUUACCAGCUCUAUGGGCUUCAAGAAAAGUCGCGUCUAGAGAAAUCUACGGUCCCUACAAUGAUGAUAAAUGCAGGAUCAUUCGCAAUAACCACUCCAGCGACCGACAAGAUGGCGAUGACAACAUCAGUGAUGACCGCAACCGCGCAAAUUCCAAUUAUCAGGGCUAUCAGACUUAAAGAUCUAGCCCCAACCAUUGCUGCCAUCACUCCUUUAUCUUCGUCCCUGCAGGACAUCUCCGUCACUGCUUCUUCUAUUGUAUCUCCGCCUAUCUUUACACCUUCAACUUCAUAA